UCCCCGCAACCAAACUAAACCCUAAACCUUCAAGCGAAGUGGGAGCACUGUGCAGCCUCCGACAUCAGAACCCCGGUUGCUGAGAGCUGCGACGAUUUUUGUUGUUGCCCAAGACAUUGUGUCUUGUGCAGGUUGCGCCUUUUUCCUAUCUUUGGUUGAAGCGUAGAGAGAUGGCGACGGAGGUGAAGCUGUCCGAGGGGAAGGAUCUCACCAAAAUUGAGCGGAUUGGUGCGCACUCGCACAUCCGCGGGUUGGGAUUAGAUGACGCCUUCGAAGCUCGCGCUGUGUCUCAGGGCAUGGUAGGGCAAAAGGCUGCGAGGAGGGCUGCUGGAGUGAUAUUGCAAAUGAUCAAGGAAGGGAAAAUUGCGGGGCGUGCUGUGCUCCUGGCUGGUCAGCCUGGCACGGGAAAGACUGCCAUAGCCAUGGGUAUGGCUAAGGCACUUGGUGAGGAGACUCCGUUUGCUAUGAUGGCUGGGAGUGAAAUUUUUUCCCUAGAAAUGGGAAAGACGGAGGCCCUCACUCAGGCUUUCCGGAAAGCUAUUGGAGUUCGAAUCAAAGAAGAAACAGAGCUUAUCGAGGGAGAAGUUGUGGAGAUUCAGAUUGAUCGUCCGGCCACAACGGGAGCAGCUUCUAAGACUGGCAAGUUGACCCUUAAAACUACGGAGAUGGAAACGGUGUACGAUCUUGGUACUAAGAUGAUUGAAGCUCUAGGAAAGGAGAAAGUAACCAGCGGAGAUGUGAUUGCCAUCGACAAAGCUUCUGGGAAGAUCACCAAAUUAGGUCGUUCGUUUGCUAGGUCACGUGAUUAUGAUGCAAUGGGACCACAGACCAAGUUUGUACAGUGCCCUGAUGGCGAACUACAGAAGAGGAAGGAGGUUGUCCACGUUGUGACGUUACAUGAAAUCGACGUUAUCAACAGCCGGACUCAGGGUUUUCUUGCAUUGUUUGCUGGAGACACUGGAGAGAUUCGGUCUGAAGUCCGAGAACAGAUUGAUAGUAAGGUGGCUGAAUGGAGGGAAGAAGGCAAAGCUGAAGUUGUACCAGGCGUUCUGUUCAUAGAUGAAGUGCAUAUGUUGGAUAUGGAAUGCUUCUCAUUUUUGAAUCGAGCAUUGGAAAAUGAGAUGGCACCCAUAUUAGUCGUUGCCACGAACAGGGGAAUCACCCGAAUUCGGGGGACAAACUAUAAAUCACCACAUGGAAUCCCAAUCGACCUGUUAGAUAGACUUCUGAUUAUUUCUACGACUCCAUAUACUGAAGAAGAAUUGCGGAGUAUUCUUGACAUUCGGUGUCAGGAGGAAGAUGUUGAAAUGUCGGAUGAUGCUAAAGAGCUAUUGACCAAAAUUGCAAAGGAGACAUCACUGCGUUAUGCAAUGUGUUUAAUCACGGCCUCAUCUCUUGCUUGCCAAAAACGCAAAGGGAAGGAGGUUGAGAUUGAAGACAUAACUCGUGUUUAUCAACUGUUUGUUGAUGUCAAGCGCUCAACUCAGUAUCUCAUGGAAUAUCAAGAACAGUUUAUGUUCAAUGAAUUCCCUGGGCAAGAUGAUGGUGACGAAGAAACAACCAUGGUAGAAGAUUGACGCUCUUGAAUAUUUUCUCUUCCCCUUUUAAAAGGGCUAUACUCAAUGUGAUGUUAAAUGAGCACCUUCCAUUUUUUUUCCGCGGAACAAGUGCCCGUUGUAUCUCAUCUCAUGUUUUCUGUCUAUCGCGUGACAUAAUGCGACAUCAUCACUGCAGCAGCUCAGAGUCGAGAUAUUACGUUAUCCUCUUAAGAGAGUUAGCUGUUUCUAGGCUUUAUUAAUGCUGUGUUAGAUAGGAUUAUUACGAUGGAUUUGAAAGUGAGUAGAAAACGUGUAGAAGUUCACAGUGAAGUGCAGCACUAAUGCCAUGGACGCAUUCUCUGCAGUUUGUCAUCAAAAAUGUACAUGCUAUUUCCUCUGAGUAUGUGAGUUCAUGCGGGCCUUGUGUGGUGCCCAUGGACGUCGUGAAUAUUCCGGAGUGCAGUAACUGCAGUUCCUAGUUGAAGUCAAGAUACUGACCGUAUUACGUAGCAAUUCAUGCUGUGAGAUGUUAAUGAUCUUGUAUCUUGUUUGCCUAGUCACUUGAAAAAGUAAACUCCAUCGUA